AUCCCCCCCAACCUGCCGUGCUCCGUCACGCUGCAGCCCGGUCCGGAGGACACGGGGAAGGCCUGCGGUGUGGACUACGAGGUCAAAGCUUUCUGUGCAGAGAACCUGGAGGAGAAGAUUCACAAGAGGAACUCGGUGCGUCUGGUGAUCCGUAAGGUCCAGUACGCGCCGGAGCGACCCGGCCCCCAGCCCAUGGCAGAGACCACCCGGCAGUUCCUCAUGUCAGACAAACCGCUACACCUCGAGGCGUCCCUGGACAAGGAGAUCUACUACCACGGAGAGCCCAUCAGCGUCAACGUCCAUGUCACCAACAACACCAACAAGACGGUGAAGAAGAUCAAAAUCUCAGGUGAGGAGCAUGGUGACAUCUGCCUCUUCAACACCGCCCAGUACAAGUGCCCGGUGGCCGUGGAGGAUGCUGA